GGAAAGAUAAUACACACUGAGCAAAUUCAAGUCAAAGAAGUAAGUAGAAAAAAGAACUACCGAGCAUCAUUCGACAUAUUUGAUUAUUGCUAUUUUUCAAGCAUCGUGCAAUGAUUGUUACAUGUUUAUCAAGCGAAUAAAGGGAAAAUCAGACACCCACCCGUUCGUAGCAAUUGCUACAAAGGAAACCCAUACGGGUUCCUCGAAAGAAAAGCCUCAUAGUUGAAAAAAUAAAAAAAAAUGAACGGGUGGAUGUCUGAUUUUCCCUUUAUUCAUUACUUCUCUCCACCUUGCGGGUUUCUGCAGAACUACUACGUCAAAAUGUUUAUCAAGCAUUCCAGGAAGCACGAGUCAAUCGCAUACAUGCCUCAGUAUUCCUUUUUAGCUUAUCAAUGCACAGGUGAGCGUGUACACGCUGUAUUUAGAAGGCCCAUCCUUCCCUGUAACGAAACCUUUCAUAAUUACCACACCCUUGACGAUUUACUCACAUACUCCUGAAUUCAUCUGGACACAAUGGGCCUUGUGUGCUAUAAGAAGGUAGUGCCACAGCGAUUUGACUGUGUGAUAUUCUUGUGCUAGUGCGAUGGUUCCAACUUACGGUAGUCGAGGUGGGCUGUGGGAUUGAGGAGCGUUUUAAGAAUAAGGGGCAAGAUGCUUUAUUUGCACAGCUUCACUUCAUGCAAUUAUGUAUCCGGUGCACAUACAAUUUUUUUGUCUUCCAGAGUGCCCAAAUUCAGGCAAGCUCACAAAUGGAGAAAGAGGGUCUCAUCAGAGGUCUUCAAUUUCUCGGUGACCAGGGCAUCUCUAUAAGGUCCCUGACAACAGACCGCCAUACAGCAAUAAAGAAAUACAUGAGGCUGCAUUGCCCGGCCAUCAAACACCAAUUUGACGUCUGGCACGUUGCAAAAGGUAGUUAUGAAGGGAACUAACGUAUUUACUACUGCUAGUAAAAUACCUAAUGUUGGUUAAUAGGCGCAAAGCAACUCUUGACUAGCACUUAGCGUUUAUCAAAGAAGAAUGCAUCUUACGUCAUCAUACUUCAAACAUUUGCAUUGAAGGGACUGUUUACCACAGGAUCAGGUCUUUGGAUUGUAGUGGGAAUGAUAAUAUUGUGUGUCACAUUGAUGUAAACAGCAAACUUGUAUCCUAUAAGCUAGGAAUUCUAUUUGUUAUCUGGCUCUGAGAGUGGUGCAAAAAUUAAGUGUUUCUCGACGGUGAAACAGUGAAACUAUUGUGAGCACCAUUAUGCCACCAAAAAGCUGUGCAGAGAGAGUUAUUUUGCUUGGAUACAUUAUUGUCUAAAAUUGUAUUUUAAGUGCCUCUGCUAACUUUUCUUUGCAUGAGAGAUUGAUUUCUUGAUUUCAAAGUAGUGCGUGUUGAAAGUGGUACUGCUAUCGUGCAGACAAGAAUGGUGCACCAAUGGGUCUUCAACUAUGCCCCCAUGACAUUGUGACAUGCAGCAGUGCUAGUAGCAUUGUGCGAGUGAUGCAAGGGUCACCGUCUUUUUCAGGUUGUUGAAAAUUACAGGCACUCAGACUGUGCCUAUAGAAAACAUGCGAUUAUAGGUGGGCCAAAAGAACUUGCCGCUUAUGUGCUGAGGACAGCUAUUUGAGUCAUUUUAGUGCUUUACACAAAGUAAUACCGCAGAAACACUACGUGCUUCUGGUUUCUCACUUUUACCACCACUGCAUCCACUAGCCCAUUUUUCGGGCAUCGAUAGAGUUUUAAGACACUAUGCAAAUAGAAAUACAUUGUUUUAAAAUUCCUACUCACUUACCAGCGAAACCACUGCACGUUUACACUUUAGAUGAUAAGCUUUCUAUUGCAUUACAAAAUAGGAGGUCCUUGGAAAAUGUUAGACAGUCCCUUUAGCUAUGAAGGAACUAGUACCUUGAAAUAAAAAAGCUACACACUUAUUUGAGGCUACACUACCAGAAAUAGUGUGCAGAAAGAUCUUUCAGUGCACUGUAUUCCAAUUCCAUUCUGUACUAAUGCUUCGAGCUAGUCUUCUUCAUCUACCUACAGUUGAAGUUCGCACGAGAUGGACUAAGAAAUUAUGGUGCAAAUUUUUUCCAGGCAUCAGAAGAAAAUUGACAGCUGCUUCACGGAAGGCCAGAUGCAGGGAGCUGUUGAGCUGGAUACAACCCAUUGUGAACCAUCUGUACUGGUGCGCAUGUGCUUGCGGAGGAAAUGGUGAUUUACUAGUGGCGACAUGGACAAGUCUCCUAAACCACAUAGCUGACAUUCAUGAUGGUCAUGGCAACCCCUAUCCCCGCUGCCUCCAUGGACCAUCCAGCAGAGUGUCAUGGCUCAAAAUUGGUAAAUACAAGUAAUCUGCCAGUUUAAGUGGCACUGCAUUUUGUGCAGUGUAAUUACAUCGUCGAUCAGUUGAAAUUGAGAACCUUUUGCACAAUUAAUCAAAUUUAGCACAAUGUGCAUUGUCCAUCUAACUUGUGAUGAAGGGAACAAUACAUAUAAUAUGUCCUAUCUCUUCUCACAUUAGACUCUCCAGCGCACAAACAAGUCAGAGCCAUUGUCAUGGCCCCAGUGCUUCUCAAAGACAUCCGACAGCUCUCGCCAGACACGCAGACAUACAGCCUGGAAUCUUUCCAUAGUGUCCUGAACGGCUAUGCUCCUAAAUCUACCGCAUACACAUAUGAGGGAAUGAAGGCUCGAACACUGAUUGCUGCCCUUCAUUUCAAUGAAAAUGCCAACAAAGAGCAAGCAACAACAAAGGAUGGAACACAGCAAUGGCACAGCAAGACAUCCAAGGCCAGACAUAGCAUGAUGACUGUGUGUCCACUCAAGAUGGCUGCUACAUUUGGCAAGUUUAACUGUGUCACGUCCGUCUUUCAGUUAGCAGUUCUCCUCUACAAGUGCUCAGCAAAACUACACCUCACAUUGCAUUUACAAGCUAUUCACAAGCUAAUGUUGUAAGGAGCAGAGCACUGCAGAUUGUGGCAGAACAAUCUUUUUUUCACGUAGGGUGGUUAUAGUCAGGACAGCGGCAUGUACUGCAUUCGUUGCAUAUUCAAGCAUCGUGCAACACUUUUUGAAGUAACUGCGAUCGGGAUGCACAGACAGCUUUUUCUCCCAAUUAUACAUUUUACCACAAGUAGACAUUAUCUUUACAGCUAGGCUCAAUGCAGAAAAGCCAAAGUUCUUGCUACUUUGACACAAGACUGGCAAACCACACUCUCAGCGACAGACAAGGAGCAAAGCUUCACAUGAUGCAUUAAUUAUAGAAUGUUGCUUUUACUUAUUUGUUCCCAGAUCAGGUGACCUCUCCAGAUAUUUGCUAUAGCAUUAAAAAAAAAAGGAACACUGAAGUUACCUGGUUUGUUCUACUUUCAGAUUACGUGCAAGAUCUACAAAACAAGGUGACCGAGCUUUGCAUCGAGCACCCGUCAUUUCCAGAAGCACUAGCCCAGGCACCAGAAAAAAUUGCACCAGCAUUUGUGCCACAGAACGAACCUAGGCCCUCCAAAACUGAGCUCAUAGCGGCACACAAGGCACGGUUUUUGAAGUUUUGAUACAUGUAAAGCAGACAAGCAACUGGUGGAGUUAUCAAAAACCAAUUGUUCGAAGGCUAUACCAGUGAAUUGGAAAAGCAAAGACACAAACUUCAUGCUCGAAAGGGUUUGUGCUGUACUGAAGCGUGAGAAAGAACAAACCAAGUCGCAUAGAUUGUCUCUGCAACUGAUGCUGCAUGCGUGCAAGGACACCAUAAGGUUUCUACCGACUGGCACGGGUGAUGACAAGCUCAAGAACAUCAUAAGUCAAGCAGAAGACACUUGUUGACAUGCACAUCAUGCUGGGAAAGCUUUGUGCUACACUAAAGUGUAGGAGUGAGGGAGCCAAGUGGCAUAGGUUGUCACUACAACUGAUGCAGCAUGGCCACAAAAGUACCAUAAGGCAGUUUCUGGGUUUAACAGAUAAUGACAAGUUUGAUAUCAUAAAUCAUGGAGAAGACACUUGGUGACAUGUGCAUCAUGUGGGAGGUGUAACAUGCUGACGAAUAAAUGCAAUACUGACCCUUGUAGGUACGCAUUCAACUGGAAACAGUGUUUCACGUUCAGCGUGCUAACAUUCAAAAGAAAAAACUAAAGUGCAUUGCGAGUGGCUCUCCUGCUGCUGCUUGCAAUUGUAUGGCUGACUGUGAUCAUCAAAUUUUAUUCACGGAAGCUUUGGCAAGAACCUCAGAGAAAAAGCUACAGUCAGUAGCUUGACUAGGUCCGGGGUCCCUGGUUAUGACAUGGGAGGCAGGAAAUAAAACAUGAGCAAAAUGGAAUUGACACACAAGUGGAACAUCGCAUUACGUAGUGCUUCCAUGCACAUAUGCACUAAAGAAACUAUGAAUAGAACUGUACAUCAGGAACCACAUCAUAAAGACCAAUUACAGAUUGUCAUUAAAUAUUUGACAUGGCAGGUAAACAUAUUCAAAAAGCAGAGGACAUGUCCUGGCCCAGCUAAAAAAUUAAUCGCUCAAUAUGACAGCACCUUCACUGUAGGAAUACAUUUGGCAAAGGAUGCAAACGAACUCU